CAGAAGUCAGGUUAAGGGUCUUCUUCAGAAAAGAGCUUUCUAUUGAAUUCUGCUAGGACAUUGGCUCAAAUCUCCAGGUUGCCAACACAUUGAUCGACUGACUUUCCUUUCGUUCUCGUUAUUUUUGCUCUUCCAGCAGUUUACUUGCCACCCAACCUACAUACACGGCGUUAGAAAUGGCUGAGCCAAGCAAAUUGUUUAUCACAUUUGUUUGACCAAAUGAUAAGAAUUCAUUCUCAAACGGCGUUCAUGAUGCUGGCACAACAAUCAGUCCAUCAUAGACACGAUCUUUGCACACAAAAGUAAAAAAAAAAGAUCUGCAUCCGUUUAUCUCUGCAUGACAAUGAACAUAUUUUCAACCAUCUGUGAUAAGUGAAGUAUUCAUCAGUGUGUUUGCCUCCUCAAAAACAUAGUCAGGUGAAAAACAGAACAAAAUGUGUACCUAUAAAAAGAGAAACUGAAAGGGAGAUAUUGCAACAAAAGAAUGGUAAUAGUGUAGCAAUAAUGAUUCCGAAUGGGCUCCACGGUCGUGGACAAUCAGCUUGGGAGCAAGGCUACAAGUACCCGAUGAUUUGAUCGGAUCGUGCAGUCUCGUGACGGGAAUAAACGGUGAAGGAAACGGAGUUGUUUGAGUCUUUAGAACUUAUCCUUUAUUUCUGUGUGAUGUUGGUUGAUGUGAGGUUCACAGGUUUAUGAAAGGGGAACUGAGUCUUGCUUGGGUAUCAUCCAUGAGCCAAAGUUACUAUGACUGAAUAUGAACGCCAAUAAUAGCUCUGAACACAACUGCCUCUAGAAGUCGAAAUCCAUGACAUGAUAUUUGUUAUACAAUUCUCGAGAACCAUCACGUUGAACUAUCACGUUGUACUCCAGACGAGUUCUUAGGCCUUGGUGACUUCUUUAAGGAAGUGUAUGGACGUCACGGUGGUUCAUCAAGACUUGACACGUCAUACAAGUGUAUGGACGGUUCGGCAUUAAUUCCACUACAAUAGAUAAGGACCGGUCGUCUUCGCAAUCCAAAUGCAUUUUCACCUCGUGUUUCCGUGAGCUUUGAUCAAUUCAAUAUGUAUUUGGAAUGGAGUAAGGUGCAGAAGAUCAAGCUGAAGUGAACCAUGUCCCGAUUUCAUCAACGCGUUCCAAUAGCCUUGGUGCUUAUUCCAUGCUUGUUCAUCUUCGUCAUCGAGGUGAACAACCGGAGUGAGAUGAAGCGUUUGGAACAAAGCCUGCAACGAUUAGAGGGACUAGUGAUUCGUUCGCAAAAUAGACUAGUCGAUGGGUUAAUGGAGACCCAUCAGAACAUGAAGGAUGUGUCCAAGAAUCGUCCCAUGAAUCAACCAGAUUCGAGGCAUUUGGAGCAAAUUAGGAGGCAGGACGUGAUCACCAGAGUGUGUGCAAGGCAUAGGAAGAAGAAGAGCCCCGAGAAAUACAUCGGCACGAGUUCUCAAUACUCGCAAAGCAUCACAAAGAAAUUCAUCAUUGAGGAGAAAUCCAAAACAGUGUUCUGUUUCAACCACAAAGUCGCCUCUUCCACGUGGAUGACCUUCUAUGCUAAGGUCGACAAUGAUCCAAGAUUUCUGGCAGAUAUGGAACGAACAGGAAUGUCGUAUAAAAUCGGUGAAAAACUUGGACCGUCCAGUGCCACUGAAGUGGUGGAAAAACUCGGCUCAGGCAACUAUUUCAGCUUUUUGGUGGUGAGACAUCCGUUUGAUCGGAUUCUCUCCGCUUAUAGAGACAGAAUUGUGUCGAAUCCGUGCUGUGCACAAGCUAUCCAGCACGUGCCAAAAAUCUUCGAAGCCCACCAAUUGCCAAUAAGCGAUGUUUUAGACGCGGAAGGCUGUGUCAAAACUCACCCAACCUUUCAACAAUUUCUUGAGUAUUUGAUAAAAUUCCCUCGGAAACAUGAUGUACAUUGGAUCUCAUUCGCAAAGAAUUGCGCACCAUGCCUUCUGGAUUACGAUGCUGUGAUAAAAUUGGAAAGUGCUCAAGAGGAUCAGGAAUAUGUGCUCCAACAAUCAGGAUUGGACCAAUUUGCUUCCUUGGAAUUGAAACAUCCAACACUAGGAGGCAAGACCGAAAACCAUAGGAAGGAGUUCUUUUCUCAAGUGCAUUGUGAUGUCGUCAAGCGGUUGCACGUGCUAUUUGAGAGCGAUUUUGAGCUCUUUGAGUACGACCCUCAACCUUUCUUCGACAUGUGCAGGCAAUAUUAAUACCAUGUUCUCAAUAAACGGUCCCAUAAGAUCUUA